AUGUGGCGGAGAGUGUUGUCAUCCUCCAGAAUCUCUGCUCGGAGCUGCUGCCGUCGCUGCAAUUAUAACUCUUCUGAUUCUAUUUAUUAUUAUUCAACGAACGUGUCGAGUAAAGGAGAAGAUGGAAUCGAAGCUUCUUUUGAGAAAUGCGUUACGGGGAAAAAUGUCGAGAGAUUGUAUCGCCAAGGGUACGCGGUUUUCGAGGGCGGAUUCGACUCGAACGUCGGGAAAGAACUUCGGAAAGAGAUAGACGCGUUAUUCCUUUCCUCCCCGGAACGGUUCGUUCCGAAUUCCACAAGGUUCGUGAAAGACGGUUUCCAAACAGAGUUGGUGAAGAAAAAUAUUCUUGAGCUUUCGGCACCGUUCGUUGAAGAGACCGAUGGAAGAUAUUUGCGCGCGUUGCAGAGAGAUCGCACGUUGUUGACGCUGUUGAACGUUUUAAAACCGAGCGAGACGCCGAACGAGAUGUUAUUCAACGUCUCUUUGAAGGUGCAAAUGAAUUUCGGCGAAAACGCGAGGUUUCCGAUUCAUUUCGAUAGCGAUAGCAGCACGGACAACAGGCGUUGGACGUGUCUCGUAUAUCUUAACGACGAUUGGGAAGAGAAGGAUGGCGGGGAGGUGGUCUUGUAUUUACCUUUUCAAAAGGAGAAGAUAGUUGUCGUGCCACCCAAGUUGGGUACGAUUGUUAUGUUUAAUUCGAGGUACGUCGCGCAUUCGACGUUACCUUACACGGGCAAACGUCGCGUUAUGUUUACCCUUUGGCUGCACGCGAAAGGUGGGGAAGAUGAUAAUAAUGCGGUGAAGAUGAAAGAGUCGAGUAUUGUUAGCAAUGAAAAAAUAGAAACGGACGCGCAAGAGCAGUUGGAAAAACUUCUCGCGCCGGAGCAACGGAAACAUCUCAUGAAGUUGAUCCUCGCGGAAGAGUGGGCGACGUCGAUUGCGGAAUCUCACGACCGUUCCUCUGAACCCACGGCCAAAGCAUUAAAGACUCACUGGGAAGAAAUCGAUAUCAUAGCCAGAGUCCUCGGGCAAGCUUUUCCUCUCGCGUUUGAGAAAUUAGAAAAGUUAAUGAAAACUGGGAAGAUAUCCGAAUUUCCUUUGAAGUUUUAG